AUGGCCCAAACAACAUUCAAACGAAACGCGCACGCGUCCUUCUUCACCCUCUGCCUCCGCGCCCUGCCUGCGCGGGCACAGGACUAUGAUUCGAACCGCGUGACCAUCGCCUUCUUCUGCCUCAGUGGCCUCGCGCUCAUCGGCAAGCUCAACCCCUCUGACGAGGAGCGGGACGCGUGGAUCGAGUGGCUGUGGUCGUUGCAGGCUCCGGACGGAGGGUUCAGAGGGAGCACCGGCGAGCCCGCGGGCACACCAGGUAACCUGCCAUCGACGUACACUGCCCUUGCGUCGCUCGCGCUGCUGCGCGCGCCGCUCGACAGGCUCGACCGGCCAGGCUUGCACGCCUUCCUCGCCGCCUGCCAGGCACCGGACGGCAGCUUCUCCCCCACGCCCGACACGCUCGGCCUGUUCCAGAACGACGUGCGCAUGGCGUACACUGCGAGCUUGGCAGCCAAGGUCGCCGGAGGGACGCCGUCGUUCGAUGUGCCCGCGGCGAUCGAGUUUGUGCGCCGUUGCGAGACGUGGGAGGGGGGUUAUGCUGGCCGGCCGGGCAUCGAGUCGCAUGGAGGUACAAACUACUGUGCUCUUGCGGCCCUAUCGCUCCUCGGUGCGCUCGACAAGGCCGACGUGGCAGGAUCGUCGCGCUGGCUCAUGCAGCGCCAGAUCGGCGGAUUCCAGGGACGGCCAGGAAAGCUCGAGGACGUGUGCUAUUCGUUCUGGUGUGGCGGGGCGUUGGCAACUCUCGGCCUCGCGUCCCUCGUCAACGAGGAGCCCAACGCCCAGUUCCUCCUCGACUCGCAGUCACCGAUCGGCGGGUUCGGCAAAGAGCCAGAUGUGCACCCCGACCCAUUCCACUCGUACCUCGCCAUCGCGGCGCUGUCGCUCACGAGUGCGCGGGAGAAGCUGGAGCUGGAGGAGAUUGACCCGGUUUAUAAUAUGCCGCUGUGGGCAAGGGACUGGCUGUUGGCAGCCGCAGAGGCAGCGGCAUAGGGCUGCCGCCAUGUGUGAGGGACUAAACCCGGGAAUACGUUUGGGGCCAGCAGCUGGGCUGCUCUGUAGAAGUCGUCAUAUACAUAGCAUGGUACGGGCAUGUGCCUUUUGGGUGUGCAACUACAGCCUCGAAUUGAGCCCCUUGCUCCCGUCCUGCUCAGUCUUGUUGUAAAUAUCGUUAUACUUGCCGAGCGCGGCCGUCUCGAGCUGGCGCUCGUCUUGGCCGUCAAACCGGCGGGGGUCAAACGCCUUCCUCAAGUGCGCAUCGACGCCGCCCGCCGGCUUCUUGCCCAGCGCCUCGAGGAUCUGGUCGGCGAGCACGCCCGUGACGCCACCAGCGGACGUGACCCACACGCCGACGGAGCACCACAGCCCCUGUGUGGGGCCGGCCACAUCCAGCGCACCGGAGAGCGGGAGCGCGUCAGGCGUGACGGUGAACAACCCGUUGAAGGCGUACGGCACGCUGCCCGCCGCGACGGGGUGCACGUCCUCUCUGCUGGGGGUACGGUAGCUCCUGAAGGUCGCCGCCGUGCGCGGGGGCAGCAGCCCGAGCGCGCGGUUGAACGCCGGCGCGAUCCGGCUCUCCCAGUCGCCAUAAGCGCUGUCGAGGGCGCCGACGCGCUGGAGCGCAUAGUGCACCGUCUCGUGGUCGUAGCUUCCGACGCCGUCGCGCUGGCCGUGGUCCCGCGCGUAGACGUGCGCUGCUGGCCACCGAAUGAAGGGCUGGGCAAUGGGGCGCGGGGAUCGCUUCGUGCUGUACCCGUACGGGUGGGCGACGGAGACCGCGGUCGCCUUGAGGCUCGGGACGAGCUGGCCGCCCCAGACCCCCGUCGCGACGACGACAUGUGCGGCGGUAAACGACCCCUGGCACGAGUCGACGCGGUAGCCUGUUGCCGUUUUAACGAUGCCGCUCACGUCGCCGUCGAGGAGCGUUGCGCCCGCCGCCUUGGCCGUGUCCUGGCCGUACUUGGCGAUCGCUUUCGCGUUGGCCGUACCGUCGGAGGGGAAGUAGACGGCGGCGAGGGCGCGCUCGUCGAGAAAAGUGGGCGCGAGGGCGCGCGCCUCGGCGCCAGACAGCAGUUCGUGGGGCAGGCCAGCGGCC